AUGAGCUCCGUUGGAGCGGUGACAACGGCUAGGCCUAGCCGGGAAAGUUCUGAAUAUAAACUGAUACUGCCGUCCAGCAUGCCCUCAGGUACUGUUUCCCUGAAUACUUUGUUUCUACACGCGGAUCCCUCCGGCAGACCGUACAAGGUGGAGGAUUUUGGGACUGCUCUCGAAGGCAUUGUGAAGAAAGAAGAUGUGUCAGCCUUUGGAGGAUUCCAGUUUAACCACCUAUGGGCCCUUACUUUCCACAAUGGAGCUGCGAAGGACAAGCUACUGCUUCUGAAGGAAAUAACCGUAAAAGGCAGGAGGUGUGUCAUUCUCGACCCCAACAAGAAGGAAGUCACAAUGAAAAUUCAUUGGCUUCCUCAACACGUCCCAGAUGAGGCAGUCGUCAACGCAUUUGCAAAAUAUGGAAAAGUGGCCAACAUCGUCCGACAGAGAUGGAAAACCUCGUUUUUCGAAGGCUUGGAAACGACAACGCGGCACAUGAAUUUAACCCUAAAAGGGGGCGUAACGACGGAUAGUCUACCUCACAUGCUACAAGUGUCGGGCUGUCACGUGCUGAUCGACGUGCCGGGAAGACCACCGCUGUGCUUGAGGUGUAAAGGCGUUGGACACAUUAGAAAGCAGUGUCAUACGCCCUGGUGCAAAACAUGCAGACGUUUUGGUCACGAGGCGGACGAAUGUGUGACGACGUAUGCUUCUAGAUUGAGAAAAUGUGAAGGGCAAAAGGAAGACCUUGUUAUAGACAUCGACGAAGCUAAUGGGUGUGGAGGCAUAAACGAAAGGCAAGAUGAGACAGCAGGAGACCCAGAAGUCCCGGAAAAUUCAAGAGUGCGGGAACAUCAAAAAGGAGAAUCGCCUGCGUUGCAACGGGAGUGGAAGGAUCUAGGAUGUGCAAACGCGAGUGAUAAAGAAGCUGAACAAACAAAAAUAAAAUGUGAUAAAUCAGACAUGGCGGAAGCUUUCAAGGAAAAACGAGAUAAGGAAGAAGUAGAAGGUACGUCAGUAAAGAAAUAUAAGACAGCGCCUAGGCAAAGAGAUGCACCAAAUAUUGCAGAAGUUGGAAGAUCGCAACUGGAGGACGUGGGAUUUCCGGAAUUAUAA